ACACCAUAUAAAACUAUCCACAGUGAUGCUUCUCUUCAAUCCUCAAACCUAAAAAGACUUAAAACUGAGAAUACUAAAGAAGUUUGCAAAUAUAAAGACUGUGUAAACUGUCUCAAUGUGGCUUCUAUCAUUACACUCAAUCAAGGAAUCCAUGAAGAGAAGAAAGAAGAUAAUAGAAAUACAGAAUUUAAUAAGGUUUCUGUUUCUAAACAUAAACUCGAGCUGAAGCAAAACAAUACAGAUGUGAACACUUACAAGUGCAGUGAAUUAGACAAAUGCUUUAUACAGAGAAACAAUCUUCAAAGUCAGCAGAGAAUUUAUUCAGGAAAGAAACCUCACAAAUGUAGUAAAUGUGACAAAUGCUUUACCCAAAACUCCAGUCUUAAUAUUCAUCAGAGAACUCAUACAGGAGAGAAACCUUACAAAUGCAGUGAAUGUGACAAAUGCUUCACUACAAAAGGUAAUCUGAGUGUUCAUCAGAGAAUUCAUACAGGAGAGAAACCUUACAAAUGCAGUAAAUGUGACAAAUGCUUUACCCAACAAUCCUGUCUUACCAUUCAUCAGAGAACUCAUACAGGAGAGAAACCUUACAAGUGCAGUGAAUGUGACAAAUGCUUCACUAAAAAAGGUAAUCUGAGUGUUCAUCAGAGAAUUCAUACAGGAGAGAAACCUUACAAAUGUAGUGAAUGUGACAAAUCCUUCUCUAAAAAAGGUUAUCUGAGUGUUCAUCAGAGAACUCAUACAGGAGAGAAACCUUACAAAUGCAGUGAAUGUGACGAAUGCUUCACUGACAAAGGUAAUCUGAGUGUUCAUCAGAAAAUUCAUACAGGAGAGAAACCUUACAAAUGUAGUGAAUGUGACAAAUGCUUUUCCAGACCAUCCCAUCUUAGUAUUCAUCAGAGAAUUCAUACAGGAGAGAAACCUUACAAAUGCAGUGAAUGUGACAAAUGCUUCUCUAAAAAAGGUAAUCUGAGUGUUCAUCAGAGAAUUCAUACAGGAGAGAAACCUUACAAAUGUAGUGAAUGUGACAAAUGCUUUUCCAGACAAUCCCAUCUUAGUAUUCAUCAGAGAAUUCAUACAGGAGAGAAACCUUACAAAUGUAGUGAAUGUGACAAAUGCUUUUCCAGACAAUCCCAUCUUAAUAUUCAUCAGAGAAUUCAUACAGGAGAGAAACCUUACAGAUGCAGUAAACAUGACAAAUGCUUUACCAGGAAGUUUAGUUUGAGAAGGCAUCAGAGAAUUCAUAUAGGAGAGAAACCAUGA